AUGCCGGGCUCGGCGCUAAAGACUAUACCCCUCACUUGGCCAUUCGCUGUUUGGGGCAUGGACAUGUUGGGGAAAUUCAAGGCAGCCCUCGGCGGGUACACUCAUCUCCUGGUUGCUGUGGAUAAAUUCACCAAAUGGGUGGAGGCAAAACCCAUCAAGAAGUGCGACAGCAAAACAGCCACCAAAUUCCUACGCGAGCUGAUCUACCGCUACGGCUACCCUCACGGCAUCAUCACGGAUAACGGCACUAACUUCGCUAAAGGGGAAAUGGCCGACUUCUACGAAGACAAAGGCAUCCGACUCGACCUCGCGUCAGUCGCACACCCCGAGUCGAAUGGGCAAGCAGAAAGGGCGAACCAGAGCAUCCUCCAUAGAAUCAAACCACGACUAGUGGUACCUAUGGAGCGUGCAGCCGGAUGCUGGGCAGAAGAACUCCCCUCCGUGCUCUGGGGCAUUCGCACAACACCAAACAGGUCGACCGGCUUCACGCCCUUCUUCCUGGUGUACGGCGCUGAAGCUGUCAUGCCCACAGACAUCGCCUACGAUUCGCCACGAGUCGCCAACUACGUCGAAGAAGAGAACGAACUACAAGAAGGGCAUGCACAAGCUUUCCCCCCCUGGGAAGGGCCAUUCGCCGUCAGCCGCGCACUCGGCAACGACUCCUACUACCUCACCGACGUUCGCAAAGACGACAAAGGCGAGCCACUCACCAGGGAAGUCGAGCGCCCCUGGAACAUCAACCUCCUCCGUCGAUUCUACACCUAG